AUGAUUUCGGCAUGUUCCAACUUUGUCCGGCGAAUUUAUUUUAUCUACGAAAUGAAUACUGGAAUUUAUCUUCUGAAGUUUCAUGAGAAAGCAAUUUAUCAUCUCAUAACUGGCCUUAUUACUCUACUGAUUUGCUAUUCGACUUACACCUAUCUCCCAAGCUAUAUGCGUAAGAUGGGGCGCAUUCUCUUCGGCAACAUAGAAGAUGAGCUGUAG